AAAAAAGUCAAUUGAAUUUUUUUCGUAGAUUUAGCCUUCUUUAGUAAGUAAAGAAGUACCUUACGAUGACAUAUUUACAUUCCACGAAACUUUUCAAUUUUUCAGCAAUUAUUAUUAUAAUUCAUUCUUUUAAUUUACUGCGAAGUCUUUUGUAAAGUUGGAGGCCAUGUUGUGCUCCAACCAAAUUUCUCGCAUACAUAUUAUAAGCUUGUGGCAACAGGUGCUGUCAUCGAGAUGGUUUGUAGAAUCACUUUAAUGAAAGUAACUUUUUGUUUUUCUUUCAUCACUGUCAAAAAAUUCUCAUAAAUAUCGUCCCUAAAGAAACUUAAAGGAAAGAAGUUAAAGACCACGUCCGAAAAAAAGGUUUAAGAAAUAAGACAUUCUUUAGGCCAUCAGAACAAGGUAGUGACUUGGUGUUUUGGGAUCUGCCAUUGGAUACAUAGAUCAUCAUGGCCGAGACGCAAGAUACAGACUUGGACAGUUUUGAGGCACAAACAGAGGAAGAGAGUAUAGGAGGCCAGAUUCAAGAGACUGACGGAAGCGGAAUUAUUUCAGAAAAUGUAAACCAUUGGGAUACAAGUAAGAUAUCCAGUCACAAUGAAACAUUAAUUCAACACAAAACUACAAAAGUUCUACGCAGAAGUAGUUCCUGCAUAUCUUUCAACAAAAAACGAGCUCGAGAAGACGAAAUACAGAAGUGCAAUUUGCAAGUCAGCAAAGAAAACAAUAAAAGACGGAGAUUAGAGUCGCAACGGCCAGAUGUGCAAGAAACAUUACAACAGCAAGCAGUAACAGAAACUGAUAAACUACAAGAUCCAACGACGCAAAACGCGAAGAAAAACAUGAGAGAUGGACUUGCAGACAAACCAAAUACAAAGGAUAAGACAGAAGUGUGCAAGGAUGUCUCUGGCGAGACAAUCAUCUCUCCGAAAUUCUCUGAUUCAUCUGAUCAGGAGGUCAUCAAACUUGAUCCCCUAGGAAUUCUUACGUGUCCCCAUGCCUCGUGUAAUCUAGAUGCUAUAUCCGUGAUGCUGCAUGAAGAAUGCCCAAAUUUGUGUCAAGCACAACUGUUGCCAAAAUUAAGAGAGUCUGUGUUGAAGAAAAAUCUUUGUGGCGAAAUUUACUCAGUUUUGAAUAUAAAGGAGACCUCAAUUGAGGAUUUAAAGAGCUUGAUUUCGCAAAAGUUGGAGGAUUUUCUAAAAAGGGAUGAUGUGGUGCAAUGUCCGCACGCAGUUGACCUGUUUGAAGAAGAAGGCUUAUUGAAGACUAUACACAACGAUGACCGCUUGGAUGUCAACAAUCAUUUUAAUUUGGAAAAGGCAAAAUGUGAAUUCAAAAAAUCGGGAUGUCAAGCUGGCAUUUUGUUUUAUAUUACCGACAAAGUCAGCCAUAGAGUAAACUUAAAACUGGAAGGAGAUAAGGUUAACACUUUCGACUAUACAAACGGAAGACAAACACUUAUAGGUUUUGACGGGAAUGUUCGCAGAUUAUAUGUGCAAGUCUUAGAAAAAGGAGAAAAUGGAAAGUUUAAGAUCGCCGAGGUUUUCCCUAAAAGCUCUUCAAGCAUUUGUAAGAAACAGCUUGAAGAAGGUCAUGUGAAUAAUUUACAAAAAAGGGAGUUUGACACAGAAUUUACAGCUUCCAUGGUGCUAAAGUGAAUUUAGUAUAUACUCUUACACGAACAAUUUAUACAGCAUAAAUAUUAUACAUAAGCUAAUGAUGUGAAAUUUACAUAGCACAAUUAAAUAUAAAAUUGUAUCAUUAACAGUAACAUUGCUGGUUUUAAGAUAAUACAUAACCAUUAUGUAAUUUUCGUCAUGAAAACUCAAACACAGUUGCUCAAAAUUUGCAAACAGUUUUACCUUCAAGCUCCCAAUUAAAUGAACUUGAUUUUAAGGUUGAUUGUCUACAUGUAAUGUUAUUUCGUUUGUGAUUUUAGGCAUGUAAUGUUUCAUAGUAAGAGCAGAAGCUUUGAAGUUGUAGAGUUUGAUUGUUUUGGACUGUUGUAAUAAUAUGUAUUAUGUGCACCAUGGAUUUGCUAGUUUCAUUCCCCCAAACUACAAAUUUCGGUUGUCUGAAUUAAUGUAAUUAUAAAAUGUAAUCAUAUGUUUUAAAUAUUCUUGUGUGACUAUUUUUUAUUUUAUUAAAAGCUACAUGGAAUUCUCAUAGCUUUCUUGGUUUUAAAAUAAUGUUGAAAACAUUGCUUUGUUGCACCAGCUGCCAGCUUCCAUUAAAUGUCCAAUUGAAAGAAGAAGUAGAGAAAGAACAUUUUUAAUCAGACUCAUUCAACAAUACUUGAUUAUUACUGAGAUAGUGAAAUCUACAGUGUGGUUCCUUGGGACUUGUACAUUGAAUUCAUUACAUUUGUAUAUUUAAUUAAUAAUUUCUUGAUUAUUUGUUAAUUGCUGCCAAAAAACGUUCAGGAGAUCACGAGAGAAGGGCCUGAGUACAAACCAUGUAAAAGAAUAAUUUAUGUUUACGAAUUAUUAUGAUGAGCGGAAACCAUUACCUUUUGUGUAUUAUGGUUAUAGUAAAUUACAAACGUGCAAAUUUUAGUAGUGAUGUCAUGAUGACUUCUUUUGUGAACAGUGUUUAAAGGGGAGCGAGGAUGUAUCUAACAAAACAUUGCUUUCGGUAAAAUACCUGUAAAUUCUUAAGUGUUUCAUUAACUCCUUUAAAUUAAAAAAAAACGAUUUGUUGA